AUGAAUACUAAAUUAAUUGGAACCAUCUUGUUGGUCCUUACCUUAUUCCAAAGUUAUAAUGCUUAUACAAUUGACUACUGUGACACAUUAAAGUAUGCCUUGAUGUUCUACAAAUAUAAUAGAGCUGGAAAGCUACCUGAUAAUGAUGUACCUUGGCGUGGUGACUCGGUGUCAGUCGAUGGAAAGUUGGCCGGUGGAUAUUUUGACGCUGGUGACGGAGUCAAGUUUGCCCUGCCAAUGGCCUACUCAAUGACAAUGCUCGGAUGGGCAUUCAUCCAAUAUGAGCAAAACAUCGCCUCUUGUGGCCUGACGGACCUGUUCCUCGAGGACAUUAAGUACGGAACUGACUGGCUGAUAGCCGCUCACACAUCGACCAAUGAGUUUGUUGGACAAGUUGGAGAUGGUAACCUUGAUCACUCGUUCUGGGGCCCACCCGAAAUGAUGACCAUGGCCCGUCCAUGGUACACACUUUCCCCCUCGUGCCCAGGUACUGAGGUGGCCAUGGAGGCUGCCGCCGCACUGUCCGCCGCAUCGAUCAUCUGGAAGAACCGUGACCCAACUUACUCGUCAAACUGUCUGACACACGCCAAGCAGUUGCACAACUUUGGUGACACUUACCGUGGAGUGUACUCUGAUUGCAUCAAGAACGCCGCCAACUUCUACAACUCAUUCUCUGGCUACCAGGACGAGAUUGUCUGGGGCACUCUCUGGCUCUACAAGGCAACUGGUGACGCCGCUCUCUUGACCAAGGCCAAGUCUGACUAUGCUACUUUCGGUAUCGGUGGCAAGGCCCAGGGUAACUCUCACGAUUGGGACCUUAAGGCUCCAGGUGCCGUACUUCUGAUGGCUCAGAUCACUGGUGACUCCAAGUACAAGCAGGACUUCCAAGGUUGGUUGACAUACUGGCAGCCAGGAGGCCGUAUCUCCUACACUCCAGGCGGUAUGGCUUGGUUGCGCCAAUGGGGCCCAGCACGUUACACCGCCACAGCUGCCUUCCUCUCUGCCGUCUAUGGUGGUGACACCAAUGUCGGAUUCUGCCGCAGCCAAAUCAACUACCUGCUCGGAAACAACCCCAAGCAACAAUCGUUCGUCGUUGGCAUUGGACCCAACCAUCCAAUCAACCCACAUCAUCGUGCCGCCCAUCACUCGACCACCAACGAUAUCAACAAUCCAAAGAACAACGUCUACCUGCUCAAGGGAGCACUUGUUGGCGGUCCAGGAUUGGAUGACAGCUACGUCGAUGACCGUGGUGACUACAUCAAGAAUGAGGUUGCCACUGACUACAAUGCCGGAUUCGUUGGAGCACUUGCCGCUCUCAUCCCUGCAGGAGGCGGCUCAACCACUAGCAAACCAACCACUGGCCAAGCAACCACUGGUCAAGCAACCACUGGUCAAGCGACAACUGGUCAAGCGACAACCGGCAAGCCGACCACAUCGACUACCAGCACGACCUCGACCACCAGCUCUACCACUGCCAAGCCUACCACCUCGACCACUAGCUCUACCACUGGCAAGCCAACAACUACCGGCCAGUCAACUACCGGUCAGUCGACAACCACCGGCACACCAACGACCUCUCCAUCCGCUUGCAAUGUCGACUUUGCCUACAACACUGUGAACCAGUGGGACAACGCCGGCACCAAGUUCACAUUGAUCGAGUGCACCAUCUCCAACAAGGGCAAUGCCAAGGUCAAGUCGGUCAAGUUCAACGUCGACAACCUCGACAGCAUCUGGGGUGCCGACAAGGUGGACGGUGGCUACGUGUUCCCCAAGUACCAGGAGGGUCUGUCGCAGGGCAACUCCUACAAGUUUGGCUACAUCACCAAGGGUGCACCACAGCAAAAGGUUACCAAUCCAGUUGUCGCCUGCUAG